AUGGAUGGAAGCGUGGAUUUUAAUCGGAAUUGGACUGAAUACAGAGAUGGGUUCGGAAAUGUAACGGGAGAAUUCUUCAUCGGCCUGGAAAAGUUGUACCAUAUAACCCAAUCGAGUCAGUACGAACUUCUCAUCAGUCUGGGAAAAGUGGACGGGUCCAGAGAUUUCGUCAAGUAUGAUAACUUCAAGAUUGGCAGUGAGAAGAAUUCCUAUCCAUUGGAAUCGGCUCCUUGCAGUGGAUCAGGAUGGACAGUGAUUCAACGACGAAUGGAUGGAAGCGUGGAUUUUAAUCGGAACUGGACUGAAUACAGAGAUGGAUUUGGCAAUUUAACAGGAGAAUUUUUCAUCGGCCUAGAAAAGUUGCAUCAAAUAACCCAAUCGGGUCAGUACGAACUUCUCAUCCGUCUGGGAAGAGGGAAUGGGUACAGAGAUUUCAUCAAGUAUGAUAACUUCAAGAUUGGCAGUGAGAAGAAUUCCUAUCGAUUGGAAUCGGUUGGAAAUCCCACCGCUGGAGGUGCGGCCGAUUACCUCAAAUACAAUUUGAACAACAAAUUCUCGACAUAUGAUAGGGAUAAUGACAAUGCGAUUGGAAGUUGCGUUACUGAACAUGGUGGUGGCUGGUGGUUUGCUCCCUAA